AUGAGGACUACUGGUGCAGUGGAGUACUUGUACUAUAGCAUGCUCAUCCUGCAGUUUGUGCAUCAACCCGCGGCCAAGCAAGUGCUGCGUUACCGCUUGGCUGAAGAGGGACCCGCGGACAUCAGAGUGGGGAACGUAGCCGGGGACUUGGGGAUCGUGGCCGGGUCUGGUGAGGUGACGUUCACGCUCGAGUCUGGCUCUGAUUUUUUCAAAAUAGACAACAUCACAGGUGAGCUGACCACCAAUGAGAGGCGAAUAGACCGUGAGAAACUACAGCAGUGCCAGAUGAUUUUUGAUGAGAACGAAUGCUUUAUAGAUUUUGAGGUGUCAGUGAUAGGACCUGCGCAGAGCUGGGUUGACCUGUUUGAAGGAAAAGUCAUUAUUCUAGACAUAAAUGACAACACGCCGUCUUUCCCCUCCCCUGUUCUCACACUGUCUGUGGAGGAGAACAGACCCAUUGGGACCCUAUAUCUGCUGCCCACUGCAACUGACAGAGAUUUUGGCCGAAAUGGAAUAGAGCGUUAUGAGCUUAUCCAGGACAACGGUGAGUCCCCUAGACGCUCUGGCUCCUCUGGGGACUCUUACUCGGGCAAGAGGAGGUUUGAAGAGGGAGCGAGCAGGAGCAGUGUCUUUGAACUGCAAGUUGCUGACACCACAGACGGGGAGAAGCAGCCCCAGCUCAUUAUAAAGGGUGCCUUGGAUAGAGAGCAGAGAGACUCCUAUGAACUCACGCUCAGAGUUAGGGAUGGAGGGGACCCGCCACGCUCCUCCCAGGCCAUCCUCAUGGUCAUGAUCACUGAUGUGAACGACAACAGCCCCCGCUUUGAGAAGAGUGUUUAUGAGGCUGACCUGCCAGAGAAUAGUUCCCCAGGGGCCCCCAUCUUACAAUUAAAGGCGGCUGAUGCGGACGUGGGGGUGAACGGCCAGAUAGAGUAUGUGUUUGGGGCCGCCACAGAGUCAGUGAGGAGGCUGCUGAGACUGGAUGAGAGCACAGGCUGGCUCAGUGUGCUCCACCGCAUUGACCGUGAGGAAGUGAGCCAACUGAGAUUUACAGUAAUGGCCCGUGACCGCGGACAACCCCCCAAAAUGGACAAGGCCACCGUGGUGCUCAAUAUAAAGGAUGAGAACGAUAACGUCCCCGCCAUAGAGAUCCGAAAGAUUGGACGCAUAUUCCUAAAAGAUGGCAUAGCUAAUGUGGCAGAGGAUGUAGUUGUGGACACGCCCAUUGCUUUGGUCCAAGUGUCGGACAGGGACCAGGGAGAGAAUGGCAUCGUGACGUGUACAGUGGUAGGGGAUGUGCCAUUUCAGCUCAAGCCUGCUAGUGAGGUGGAGGGAGAGCAGAACAAAAAGAAAUAUUUCCUCCACACUUCUGCAGCACUGGACUAUGAGAUCACACAGGAAUACAAUGUGGUGAUCGUGGCUGUAGAUUCUGGGAGCCCCAGUCUAGCAAGUAAUAACUCUCUUAUAGUGAAAGUAGGAGACACUAAUGACAACCCUCCCAUCUUUAGUCAGAAUGUAGUGGAGGUUUCGUUUCCAGAAAACAAUGGCCCUGGGGAGAGGGUCACAACGGUGCUGGCCAUAGAUGCAGACAGUGGCAAGAACGCAGAAAUUGCCUAUUCACUGGACGCUGCUGUAAAUGGGAUAUUUUCUAUCAAUGCAGACAGUGGGGACAUCAGAGUGAACACCAUUUUGGAUAGGGAGCAAAAGGAGAGAUAUGAAUUUAAAGUGAUUGCUAAGGAUAAGGGCCUGCCUAUACUACAGGGUUCAGCCACUGUGGUCAUUCUAGUGGCGGAUAAAAAUGACAACGAGCCAAAGUUUAUGCAGGAUGUGUUCACUUUUUAUGUGAAAGAGAACCUUGAGCCAAACAGUCCGGUCGGCAUGGUGACAGUGAUUGAUGCCGACAAAGGCCAGAACGCAGAGAUGAGUCUUUUCAUAGAGGAAGAGGAGGAAAUAUUUUCUAUUGAGAAUGACACUGGGACUAUAUUUUCCACAUUGUCGUUUGACAGAGAGCAGAAAACCACGUAUACUUUCAGGGUCAAAGCUGUAGAUGGCGGCGAUCCUCCUCGGUCAGCCACCGCAACCGUUUCCCUUUUUGUCAUGGAUGAAAAUGACAACUCCCCCACUGUUAACUUCCCUAUAAACAGCUCGUAUACGCUCCUCCCACCGUCAAGCAACAUCAGAACUGUGGUUAGGACGGUUCAAGCCAGUGACAGUGACACAGGCAUCAAUGCUGACCUCAGCUAUAGCAUCAUAGGGGGGAAUCCCUUCAAGCUAUUCGAGAUUGAUGGAGGCACUGGGGUGAUAUCGCUGGUCGGGAAGCUAGAGCAAAAGCAUUACGGGCUUCACAGACUAGUUGUGCAAGUGAAUGACAGUGGGCAACCCUCGCAAAGCACCACCACUUUAGUGCAUGUGUAUGUGAACGAGACUCUAUCAAACUCUACAGUGGUAGAUGCACAGGUGGCGAGGAGUCUAAGCACCUCUCUAAACACAAACAUUGCAGGUGACCCCAAUUAUGACCUCAGCAAGCAGCGACUAAGCAUCGUAAUCGGGGUUGUAUCAGGAAUAAUGACUGUCAUCCUAAUUAUCUUGGUGGUCGUGAUGGCCCGCUACUGCCGGCCCAAGAACAAGAACGGAUACGAGGCAGGCAAAAAGGACCACGAGGACUUUUUCACCCCACAGCCCCACGACAAAUCCAAAAAACCCAAAAAGGACAAGAAAAAGCAGAAAUCCAAGCAGCCGCUCUACAGCAGCAUUGUCACAGUUGAAGCCUCGAAGCCCAAUGGACAACGCUACGACGGCGUGAGCGAGAAGCUUUCAGACAGUCCCGGCAUGGGCAGGUACCGCUCGGUCAACGGAGGGCCCGGCAGUCCGGAUUUGGCGCGGCACUACAAGUCGAGCUCGCCUCUGCCCACGGUUCAGCUGCACCCACAGUCUCCCACGGCGGGGAAAAAGCAUCAAGCCGUUCAAGACUUGCCUCCUGCCAACACCUUUGUCGGCACGGGAGAUAACAUAUCCCUGGGAUCGGACCACUGCUCCGAGUACAGCAGUCAAACCAUCAACAAAUACAACAAACAGGUAAGAACCAUUUAA